CUUUCUGCUCCAAGUUCAUUAUCUAUGCCUGAAGUGUUCACCAGCACAAAUGGUGAUUUAACAAGAAAAACAUUUGUUUCUCUUGGAUCAUUAGAUUUAGAAAAAUUUGAUAUUGUUGGAAUUGUACACAAUACAAAUUCAAAUCUUGAUUUAAACAAUAAUGAAAAUGAUAAUAAUCUAGUUGAGAAAAAUUCUUUUCAUGAAAAUAAUAAUAAUUCUUAUCCAAAUAUAUUCAUUGUUGAUAAAAUUCCAAAUAUUUUAUCUGGUAAAACAAUUUAUUUUCAUAAUACCAUGAAUAAUAUUCCAACGAUUACAGAUAAUAAUCGAAUAACAACAACAACACCAACACCUACUACUACUACUACUACUACUACUGCUACUGCUACUACUACUAGUAGUAGUAGUACUAAUAGCAUUUAUAAUGUUGCACACAAUUCUUAUUCUGAUGUUAUUUGUUGUAAUACAGUAAGUAAUCAAAAAAAUCCACAUACAACUAUGUCAUAUUUACUUCCUCGAGUUUCUAUACAAGAAAUUAAAGAGACGACCAAUUCAUCAAAUACACUGAUAACCUCCUCAUCAUCAUCAUCAAAUAUUUUUACUGUUCGUCGAACAAGGUAA